AUGCCCAAUGACUCAAAGAAACGAAGAGUCACUAGGGCUUGCGAUCUUUGUCGGCUCAAACGAGCCAAAUGUGACGGCUUGUCGCCAAGCUGUACCUACUGUGUCUCCAACAAUGCCAAAUGUACCUAUACUCAAGCGGCCAGGAAGAGAGGCCUUCCAACGGGAUACAUUCACGAUCUUGAAAAGAAAGUGGUGAUGCUUCAGGCUCUAUUUUCGCUAAUAGCAAAGAAACAAUAUUUUGACGGAAACAGUGUCGAAAACAAUGUGUUGGAGAUUCUUGAGCUGCCGAAUUCUGGCAAUUUGCUCAACCAAAUGGACCAAAUCCAACAGAAUUGGGAAGCUUCAGCAAUUAACGGAGCCAUGACCCGGUUUAUCCUAGAGAAUGACGCAGAAAUUCGCCAGCGCAAAACCUCGGCUAACCUCUCUCUUGAAAAUGCCCGUGCUGCGACUGACAUGACCCCAAGUGUAUCGGUUUCAAGCAAUAGGACUGCCAACACGCAAGCUCUGACUUUCUCGACAGAAACCAUGUCAAAUCCGGGACGAGAUACACUGCUGCUUGCAAAAACUACAGUCAAGCAUGAGGAAAUUGUCCCCACCCCGUUUAUGGGUGACUCCAUGCAAUUGGAUCAGCGAUACUCACCGUCUCCACUUGCAGACUUUGCAUUAGUCAAUCUAACAGACCUGUCAUUAUUUUUCCGUGACGAUAUUUUCCAAUUCAUCUCGGAUGAUCUAGAUCCCUCUGACUCUCGAGAUAAACUCGUGGUUCUCAAUUACCAUGGCCUUCCGCAGAGAAUUUCCGGGUUUUCCAGCUCCACAAUCUCCAAGUACAAUGCACAUACUCAGCGGAGAAAUCCGUUCCGAGUUGGAUCAAUUUUUAACGUCUCCUCGUCCGUUAUGGCUGCCAAUACCAAUCUCGAAAGAAAAGUGCCACUCGAUAUUUUCCGGUUCCCGUCUAACCUCCGAAAGUUGGUUGACAACUAUUUUCAAAUUUUCCAUCUGUGGCUCCCUAUGCUUGAUCGUAUUCUCAUAAUUCGCCAGGUCUACCGCCUUCAACAGCGUCCCAGCGUGUCUCCAGAUAUCCAAUAUUGUAAUGUUUUGGCUCUACUCUGGGCAAUUUUGGCAUUGGAAAGCAUUUCUACCAGCUCUAGUGCAAACACUCCAAGUGAAGAUGCUUCUCGAUAUGUUAGAAAUGCGGUUCUUGCGUUAGAAAAUGCCCCAGCAACAACCAUCGAAACAAUCCAGGCCAUGAUUCUUCUAGGUCUCUACUUUUACCAGGCUGGUGACUGGGACAAUUCGUGGGUGCUUGUCCUGAGUGCUACACGGAUGGCUAUGGAUGUGAGGCUCAUGAGGCCAGCAUCCACUGGCAAAGAAGAGGAUAAAAAACAUCCAGAGUGGGCCUCGUUGGACUCUAUCAAUCGUGAACGCACAUGGGCUUCAGUUUAUGUGGUAAAUACUCUUUUAGGUGCAAGAAUGGGCCGGUCACCGUUAGUGAGAGAAUCCGAUUGGGCAGUGGCUUCAAUUUCCGAGGAUGGUUGGGAGGAGUGGGAAGCUUGGAAGAGUUUCCACAAACCAGAUACAUUCCUGAGCGAUUCAGGAAGAUGCUUGCUGACAUUCAACCAGCUUUUACGAGUGGUAGCAAUCUUGAGCUCCGCUUUGACAUGCACCAUCAGUACUGGGAGUCUGGCCGACGUUGUCCCGGGCGAUAGCAGCCAAAGUCGCCUGAUUCACGAUUUCCAACGUCAGUUGGACGACUGGAUGGCACAACUACCGGACCACUGCCGCUUACUGCCGCAAUCAUCGCCUAUGGUGAUGUAUCUACACCUUUGUCACAGCUUGACAUGGUUUGUUGUGUGCGUGAAGCUUCUGGCAAUUCACACGAAUAUGGAUCCUGAAAGACAAAAGUUGGUGGAUAUCCGUAACAGGCUAUACACAGAGGCAUGCUUGAGACUAAGUAGUAUAUUCUCUAGCGAUGACUCCUUGGUGCUUCUUCAUUACCCUUUUAUGGAUUACUUUGUCCUCAUGGCACUUAAUUUCCCCAACAUGAUCACGAUGGAGGCACAGGAAGCAGCACUCCACAGUUCCAGACUAAUUGAGAUUUUGGAGACAGGGUCUAGAAUGUUACCUCCGUGCCAGAUUACGUGGAAUAUGUAUCGGUUGCAAAAUGGAGGAGAUUUCGAGAAAGACAAGACAUAUGACAUUCCUAAAUCUAUUGAAGCCGCCGAAAUGGGAGCUAAGGAUAUGGACGCUCAAAACAUUGGCAUGGCAACAAAAGAAGAGGAGCAGGAUCUUCUACUGUAUUUUAAUGGGAACCAGAGAUUCCCAGCAUUUCCGUCGUUCGAUUCAAGACCAGCCUACCCAUCUUACAAUCAUCGGACACCUAAGGAAGAAUUGGAUUUAUUUAUGCUAGACACGGAUUUCGCAAAAAAUGAUGUUCGUCUCGACAAAUUUAUGAAGAACUUGGGAUAUCUAGGCCCCAAAGGAGGCUUUCUUUCGCACACAAACUCCAACACCAACUUGUGGACGAAGUCUGGUGCCAUCACUCCUAAUCUUCUCGGUACAGGGUCCCCAAGUCUCGACACGCUAGCCUUGAGCGAAUUGCUUCCCAAGGAGAAAGGCGAGGAUUUGUGA